GGCGGGCCAGGAUGGAUUUCCAGCAGCUGGCUGACGUUGCGGAGAAAUGGUGCUCCAACACGCCCUUCGAGCUCAUCGCCACAGAGGAGACCGAGCGCAGGAUGGAUUUCUACGCCGACCCCGGCGUCUCCUUUUACGUGCUGUGUCCGGACAACGGCUGCGGGGACAAUUUUCACGUGUGGAGCGAGAGCGAGGACUGCCUGCCUUUCUUGCAGCUAGCCCAGGAUUACAUCUCCUCCUGCGGCAAGAAGACGCUUCACGAAGUCUUGGAAAAAGUCUUCAAGUCUUUCAGACCUUUACUGGGGCUUCCGGAUGCUGACGAUGAUGCGUUUGAAGAGUACAGUGCAGACGUGGAAGAGGAGGAGCCAGAGGCGGACCACCCCCAAAUGGGAGUCAGUCAGCAGUAACCUUCCAAGGGCUCCCACCUGAGGAGAGUGGACCCCCUGGUACCUGAGGUGGGGUCGCGUGCUCCUGGGUUAGCAUUUUUUGCAUUAGCACUUCGAAACAGGACGUCUGACUCCCAGCAUCCAAAUUCAAACUAAGUACCUUUUUAUUGACCGCAAAAUAUCUGGGAUGAGCUUUGCUCAGAAGUGACCUGAAUUUUACUCCCGUUUCAGUGGGUUUUUAUGGGGUUGUCUUGGUAGCCUUUGCCAUUUUGAAUUUAGAGUCCAUUUUGUGGCUGACUGUUCUCUCUUGAGUUUGUGUUGAAGAACUGCCAUUCGCUGACUCGAAUGUGGAGAACUCUGAAUGUAUUAAGGAUAUGUUUUGAGUCCUCACAGGUGACAUUAUUGAGGGAAAGCAUGACAGAGAAGAAAUGCAGUCUGCACUUUUUAUGUACUUUUUAAGUGUGUCCAUAAGUGAAGGAAUUUGCUUAUAAAGCAUGAAUUUUAAUAUCUAGUCAUUGAACUGCACAAAUGCAAAUACAAUAGCAGAAAAGGAUAAUCACUUAGCUUUGGACGAAGAAGGGAAGAGAGGCAGAGUAGCCUUUGUUGAAGCGUUCUGCCAUUACUAAGUUACCUGGAUAGAUAGCAACGGGUUCAUGGUUGGUAUAAGCAUUACUUGCAUGUUCAGUUAUUUUAAAACAUGCUAAUUCCAAAGCCACUUUUAAAAUCUAAUAGUGGAAAAUCUCAAUGGGUGACAUAAAUGAUUGAUUUCUUUAAAAUAUCUAUAAACUGUCCCACAUAUGAAAUGAAACAUUCACAUUCUCUCUUUAUAACCAGAUGGCAACUUGUUAAAUCAUGAAAACAUUCAGAAUCCAAGUGCCACUUAAACUUUGAAGCCAUAGAUAAAUUUAAUGGGGGAAAUAAACCAGGAUAAACGGUUUUUUAAAACUUAUAAUGGAAUCUUUCUUUACUUUCUUAAUUUGUCUUUUAUUCCUUAAAAAAGAAAAGGAUCCCACUGUAUAAUUUAUUUAAAAAAACUAUAAUCAAGUCCUUGGACGGACCUAACAGAAGUGAAUUUUUAAAGUGAUAUCAAAUUGGGACUCUUUCAGUUGUGGGUUAGCUUGGUUCAGAUGGGAAGUUUCAAUGAUCAAAAUACUAAGACAACUCCCAGAAACAGCUACUUAAUAAUUGGAAACACUGCUGUCACUUAGCCAACAAAUACUUACAGGGGAAAUCCUUUGUAAUGCUUACGUGGAAUUAUUUAAAGUAUUCAUUUUCUUGGACCUUUCUGGAUCUCUCAAAGCAGAAUGCCUCUUUCACAACCUUUGACCAAACAUAGCAUCUGGGGUGGAAAUGUUAUUAACAUGCAUACACAUAGCUGUUAGGUUGUCAUAGUUUGGAACUUAAAAAAACAACAACAACAACAAAAAAGCAGCAGCAGCGAGCCAGAGCUUCCAAGAGUCUUCUAUAUCCUCAGGCCUGUCAGUAUUAACCUGAUUCUAUCACCAUUUUCUGUUUGAUUGACUGGUGCCAUGAAGAGUGCGGCUGCUAGUGGUAGAACAAGGUACUGCAGUUUUAAGUCAUGGGGGAAACAGUACUGUAGUUUACCUCCAUGCUUCAGUACCCACAUUUUUUCUUUUCUUGGAAAAGCGUAUGGAAGGUUAAUUUCACGUGAAAUGAAUUUCCUUCUGAGUAGCCUAUUCCCACCACAAACCUUGAUGUUUCCUCCAGCAGGUGAACAUGUUCUGUGCUCUGCUGCCUUGCCUGUCUUCCCAUUGACUAAGUACCUGGGCGCAGGCAGUUGUGAGCUGCAUUCUGUAGAUAGCGCUGGGGUUUGGUAACCCUCUGUUUUAACACAAUAGGCUGAAAGAAUGACUUCUGCCACUGACUGAGGUGAAGAAUCUUGACUAGCUUGCUUCAUUGGAAGGUAAACUGGAAUUUUACACAUAGAGGCUUAGCAGCUCAAUUUACAUAUGUUUGCGAAUGGAAUGGACAUUAAUAUAAAAUGUAUUUUAUGAAAAAGCGUUUAGGCUUUGACCAAAUGCAUUUUGGUAUUAUUAUGUUAAUGUUCUAUUUAUAAACACUGAACUGAGAUCAACUCAGCCAUUCAGUGGGCUGAGGAGAAAUCUCCUCUUUGUUCUGCCCCAGGAAUCGAGAAUAACAGUACUGUGUGUCACUUAUUUUCAUGGCAAAACCCCAGAAGGCAUUAGCAGAUGGAACCGUUUCCUCCAAAACUUCCCUUUUUCUGACUGUGCCCCUCCCCAGCUGCCCUUGCUGCUGCAUGUGCCUGUGCUGGCUCCCACGGCUGCGGGUUCACAGUCCCGGUUGUGCGUGUGGCGUCAGAGCUCGCCUGGUGCAGAGCGCCCCCUGACAGCCAGCAAGGCAGGCGGCCGUCUUUGCUAAGAAAGAGGUUCUGUGGUUAGAUGAAUUCCUGACUUUCACAAACAGAUAAACACUUAAGAAGAGUUAGUUUGGUGCGGUGGGAAGAGCACGGACCCGGGAGUUAGGAGAGAGACCUGGAUUCUAGCCCUGGCUCUAACAGGGACCGCGUGACCUUGGGCAAGUCCCCUGACUCGCCUGAAACAAGGGCUGUUUGCCCUUCUGCUUUCACCACUGUCAUUCCCUAACUGCCUUAUGGUAUGUAUGUGUGCUAAGAGCAAUGGGCAAGGACACUUUUAGGGAAAGGAGAAAGAAAUACAUUUUGGAUCUUGCGGAGAUGCUCUCCUGAGAAUGCUACCUUGGAAUAGGUUUCUGAUGGUCUAUGAGUGUCGGGACCCUCGAACCUGAUCCUGAGGGGCUGAUGACUUCCGGUCCCUUAGACGGAGGACACAGGCCCAGAGAUACAGAAACGUGUGUAGGCUCUGUCGGCUGAAGGCGUGGCUUUCCCUUGUGCCCCCACAGACUGCGGCUUUGGAAGUGGAAUGAGUUUAACUUAACUGAGAGAGGAAAUUUUGCAUGAAGAAGAGCAGGGGGAGGGUGAAAGAGGAGUACUUUGACUUUUUGCCGUGUUGUCUGGGAGAGAAAAGGAAGAGAGAGAUUGUGUGUGUGUGAGCACGUGAGCGUGUGAGUGUGUGUGAACUUUGUGGGGAGAGGACGAUUGAUGGCUUAUUGACCACUGUGGGCCAGCUGUGAAAUCCUGCCUGUGAUAACCUUACCAAACCUUGAUGCUGGGUUUGAGUGAAUCACAGAGACAUUUUUCUUAUGGCCACCUAGUCACUGGCUCUGCUUGACAGUCACACUGAGCACACUUUGGGAAACCAGAGAAUGAGUUAGGGAGCCAGGCAGGGAGGUAGGACCCCCCACACACAACGCCUGUCACACUCUGGCUCAGUUACACUCAUGCCUCACAGGCUUAUAGCAGCAUAUAGGACUUUGGGGUUUUUUGUGUGUUUUGGAUUUUUUUUUUAUAUGACUAGAACAUGAGAGUCUCUUAUUUAGGAAUCCUCCCGUCUUGGUGCCAGAUUUAGGUUUCCAGGAUCCUUAAGUGAAAAAUUUCUCUCCUCUCAUAGCUACUGUCAUUUUUCACAUACAAAUAGAAACCUUUCCUUCAGCACAAUGACAUCGCUAAAGAUUGUGUCUGUCUCAUAAGAGCACAAAGUGUAUGGACCUCGGGGAGCUGCGCUUCCCAGCAUCAUUGGAAUUUAUAUUUUAGAAAUCUCCCUUGCAUAUUAAAAUUCGCAAGUUGGGAAACGGAUAUGAACAAACCUGAUUUUCCAUGGUUCAAGAGGCAGAGAGGAAUAGGCAGGACUUCAUCUGCAGUGGGAGGAGAUGAGAAAGGACGGGAGAGUUAGUGUCUAAUUCUUUAAAAAAUAAUAAUAAUAAAGAAAAAGCUGGAAGACAGUAUUGUGCACGGUACAGGAAAACUGUUUUUAGGGCUAUCCCACUAGGAGCUAGCUUUUCUCAAAGGAACCGCCUGCGUGUUGAGAGGCAAGACCUGUGUUGGGAAUGGAUUUGCGGCUUUACAAAUGCCCGGCAGCCAAGGAGACAGCAGGUGUCCCACAAAGGUGGUGGAGUUUUCCUCAGUAAACCAGCUGUUAGCCAGAGAACCCUGUCUUUCCAGAGUGCGACCACAUGUGCAGGCUCCAAUCACCUGGCAGGCAGCAGGUGAACCGGACUUGAUCUUGCUCUCAGUGUGGAGGAGGCCAUGGAUCAGGAACGCCCCCAGGGGCUGGAGGGCAGAGCCCGCCUACUCCACUUUUCAGGGUUGAGGAAACAGCACAAUUAAAACUCAAGUGCAUCACAGAUCCUUCUUCCCUAGAAGGACUGUCAACCCCAAAGAGGGGCCACUGCCUAUUACUUAGUCUUCAGAUUACCAGAGAAGCCCAUUUUUUUUUUUUUUUGGUAUGAAACAUCAAUCCUCUUCCACAAAGACCCAACUAGUUAUCUUGGUUUUGUGACACCAGGUAUGACCUGAAAGGCUGAAGCCUUUUAGAUGUUAUUCAGAAUAUCUAAAACUUGCCAGGCUGCCGUAGCCUCUGGUGUCCAUGGCAACGUGGGGUCCGUGGUAAAUGUCUAUCGCUCACGUUCCCCUGGGUAAACUGUUACAUAAGAUGGUGUCGUCAAUAUUUUUAUUUAAAUUUGUAUUACAAAAAUAGAGGACUGUGAGCAUCACACGUUAGAAACCUUCUUUACAGCACCGUGUGACUGAAUAGACCCAAGCUGUCGAAAGUGUGUGCCAGGCCACGUAAAAAUAAACACUUCAUUUACUGAGAACUGUAUUCAAGUUACUCAGUCCCACCGAGAAAGCAGAUAGUCUGUUCUUUGUACAGCUGCCUUUCCCUGGUUCAUUCUUCUGUUUCGCUUUUGUUUCUUAAGCAUUGUUUUUUCACUCUGAGUACCUUCUGAUAGCAAGGCAGGUAAAGAUACAGCAGUCCUGUCACCUUUUUAGAGGAGAAAGCAAAUUGUUUGUUCUCGGGGAAGAUCGGGAACGAUCUGUGAGCCAGUCUUCGUUUGGCUAGGAGAGCAGUUUAGCCAUCUACAUGAGAAGCAAAAUCAUGGAACAGUUUGGGGGUUCUUUUUUCCUUAGGCAAAAAUGUUUCAUGCAGGGUGUGUAUGUUUUCUUCGCCUUUUUAUUUCCUUUCCAAGAAAUCUCUUGUAAAUGACAAAACUGUGAAAUGGGUUGCCAAAAAGACUUGUUACCCUUUGUUUUAGAAUCCUCAAGCAGUGUAAGCCCGAAAGUGAACCCUGUCCACAUCUGCUCCGUCCUCCCUCCCCGGGGAGUGAGGAUCUCAUCUACCAAUGUAAUUACCAUACGCUUGCUAUUAAAGAGCCUUCCAAAUCUGG